UUUCAGAAUUCACACCAUUCAACCCAAAAUGCAAAACUUUUCCUCAUUUAUGGUCAUGAAAAUUAAAUAAAUAAAACCCCAAAACCUAACAAGCCUUCACACUCUUUCUCUCAUUUCUCUCUCUUUCUUUUAAAACACUAAAUUCUCGAUUCGCUUAUAUUCUCAAAAACCAAGGCUAAAUAAAAACUUUCUCAAAAAAAAACAAAAAAAAACCCUAGUUUUGAUGGAAUCGACUGAUUCGGGGUCACAACAACAUGGAGGUGAUCCGGGUCCGUCUUCCGUAACGCCCUAUUCACCUCCGGCGACGCCCCCUAGCAGGUACGAGUCGCAGAAACGACGUGACUGGAACACGUUCUUGCAGUACCUCAAGAACCACAAGCCGCCUCUCGCGUUAUCACGUUGUAGCGGAGCGCACGUGAUCGAGUUCCUCAAGUACCUAGAUCAGUUCGGUAAGACCAAAGUCCACGUGGCGACCUGUCCUUACUUCGGACAUCAGCAGCCUCCCUCUCCUUGCGCUUGUCCUCUCAAGCAAGCCUGGGGAUCUCUCGAUGCUCUGAUCGGACGGUUGAGAGCUGCGUACGAGGAGCACGGUGGGAGGCCUGAUUCCAACCCGUUCGCCGCACGUGCGGUCAGGAUUUACUUGAGAGAAGUCAGGGAAAGUCAAGCCAAGGCACGUGGGAUUCCAUACGAGAAGAAGAAACGGAAACGGGCACCAACUGUUACCACCGCUAGAAUUGACGUUGCUCCGUCAAGACAAAGUGAAGGAGGUGGUGGUUGUAACGUCAGUGAUCCGUCUGUCGCCGAAGCUGUACCGCCUUAAAUUAAAUUAUUAUAUCAUAUUAAUUAGUUUUCUUGCUAUAGUAAGCAUGUAACUCACACCUUCCGUACUAUAAUGUAUUUUAUUUUCUAUAUGAACUAUUAAGAGUUUUCUUUUGUUAACCGAAUUA